AUGGUUACUGACAGUGUUGGCUCCAUAAAUGAGGCUAGUAAACAAAUCGGAAAACAGUUUGCCAUUGCUCUGAAGUGUACAUUGGGGAGACACUGUUCAUUGGAUUUCAACUUGUGUGGCGGUGUUAGAUGCCGGCCUAAGGUUCACGUUAAUGAGUGGAUUAAUGGGUCCUUGAAGAACAUGUUAGUUAUUUUUAGUAAAAGCAUUUCAUCUGCCCAACACAAUCAAAGGUUUGGUUAUGAUCGCAUCCAUGUCGAGCUGUAUGUAUAUGCCGGCAUGCAGGAGCUUUUGGGAGUGAUGAAAUUCAAUGCUUAUAUAAGUUGUGAGGUGAAACACUUCUGCAAGAAGGCGAAGGUGGAUGAUUUGCAUCGUCCUAAAAAGAUGGUCUACUAUCGUCGUCCUCAGGAUCCUCCGGGCACUGAAGAAUGA